AUGCGUUCCACACUCUUUUAUUCGGUGCUUGCCAGUGGCAUCACAUCAGUUUUUGGAGAUGCGAGCAUUUCUACAUUUCCCAACUCCUUGACCUUAGCAGCUAGUUUCGAUCCCAUCAAAGCAGCCUACUGGACUGGUCUCCCUCACCAUCGACGAACUCCUUUCUCCGUUUCUCCCGAUGGAAAUUCGGCCUAUCUCGCCUAUCUCGAUAGUUCAUAUGCUAAAGUAUAUGUCCAACAAGUUUCCUUGAGCGAUUUCAGCGCCGUCGGAGAUGCGGUUUUUGUUACAGCAUAUGAAGCUACUGGAUUGGUGGCUCAUAAUGAUGGGUUUGCCUUGAUGGCAACAGUCAAUGCGACGGGCACCACCGAUCUUCCGACCGAUGGUUCCCCCAUCGUUUCGAUUAUCAGAUAUACGAAUGGUACGAAGACUUGGGAGACGGCUUUGAAUGGUCCGGGUGUUGAUGCUUCGGAUGGGUUGACUUCUACUCCUGAUGCCAAUGGUGAUCUCGUUUAUUCGGCUACUGCUGGUUUGUAUGCUGGAUAUUUCGUUGUUGAAGCCUAUACUGGUUACGCCGCUGGUCAUUUCGGAGAUUCCAUCAAAUACGUCGAUGAUUCCGGGGCUCUUCAGAACAUCUCAGGUGCAAGCAGUACGUUCGGUUGCUCCCACAACACAGGUAUUGGACUCGAAGCCGCCGACGCCGCUCCUUUCGCCAGUAUCUGCGCCGAAGACCAAGGCGACAUUUGGUUGAACACCGAAACUCAAUAUAUGUCCGGACAAAAGAUUGCCAACGAAAACACCACCAAUGGUGUUUCUGGCGAACCAAUGGGAGGCAUGUCCGGUUCAUACUCCAACUUAGCCUCUAUCCCUGGUUCCGAUGGUUAUAUAUUCGCCUGGCAAUCACGCGGUGCUCUCGAUCUCACCCUCAAUGAAUGGAUGGGAACUGGAUAUACUCAAUGUUCACCCAGAUGGCUCAACCACAACGUCGCCAUCUCGGUCAUGACCGAUAAACAGACACUCGCUGGCGCUGAAGCCUCUUCAACCGUUGGUGCAGCAGAAGGCGAUACUCAAUUAACCUGGAUCACAUAUUCAUCCACCGACGACCAUCAAAACGUGCAUAUCGCCGCCAUCAACUCCGACUACUCCAUCGUUACAUGGGAAACCCUCACCUCCCCGACCUGUCAAGCAGUACCUCUCGGCUGUACAGGUACAUACGCCGGUACAUCAUUCCAAAUCAUCGAUUCCAAAGGUGCAACAGUUGGAACCCCAGUUAUUUCAACAAGUGCUUUUGUGAGCGGUGAUAUUGUUACGAUUGGUACAGAUAAGGUUUGCUGGCCAUAUGUUGAUAUGACUUGGGAUUUGAGCGUCGCUAAUGAUAGUGGAACUCCGGUUUCGAAAAUGUCGUUUGCGUGUGUUAGUUUGAGUGGAGAUACUAUUAGUGUUGUUUCUUCCGUGGUUGCGUCUGACGUGGUUGCUAGCUCAGUCGGUAUCCUUGCUUCAAACUCUGUAUCUACCACCACUGGCAGCGCGCAAUUAUCUUCAUCAGUAGCUGCUAUCUCCACACAAGCUAUUUCCACACAAGUAUCCGCAUCGCUCGCAGCACAAAGCACCACUUUAGCCACCAGAAUAAAAAAAUAUAGCAAAUCUUCUGCUGCUUCUACCAAUAUUUCUAGCAAGGUUUCUAGCGAGCCGUCUGCUACCUCUGUUGCUGUCAGUGGUGACAGUGGCGAGAACAAUAUUGUAUGGGUUGAUGGUAAUGAAUGCGAGGAAUUUUAUUAG